AUCGCACCAAUGCCCUCACCGACCGAGAAAGAUCCCGAGGCCGUCUCCCGAGACGCCGCAAUCGUGCCUCCACCGUCCACCCAGCCCAGCCCGCCAUCGACAUGUCGGCCCUUCCCGUUGCCUUGCUCGUCGAUGACCUCGAGAGAAGCGCCUCCUCCGCCAAAGCUCACCUCCUUGGUGCAAAAGCUCUCGCACUCGCUCCCGUUCGUGGUUCAUCUGCUCCUGGUCUCCGUAGCGGUCCUGUCCAAUUCACUCCUCGCACUCGCAGUGCAUCUUGUCGACGGGCCGCUUCACCACAAUUGGUCCCUGGUUACCACUCUCACCCACGCGAUCGUCAAGACCACUAUGUUCAUGAAUCCGCCGCAGGGGUUCCACUCCAUCCGGUUUGUUCGCCAAACCGAGGCGAUCGUCGAGGGCAUCAAGGCCAUAUCGCGCUAUCUACCUGUCUGGUUUACCGGGACGCACACCAUUGCCGACGCCGAGAUUGUUAUCCACAAUGCCGGAGCGUUUUCCAAGUUCGUCCGGGAUGUCAUCACUGAGGGCACUUCGAAGACAACACCGAUUGAAGAUCCGCUGCUGCGAACCUCACGCUCGGUCCGCGGUGAAUGGAUCUCCAGGAAAGAUCUGGACUUUGCUGGCCAGGAUCCCGCUGUUGAGUCGACCACGGCACCACUGAGUCCAGCCUCGCCAGUGAUUCUGUUUGUCCACGGAGGUGCCCAUUACUUCCUAUCACCGACCUCAUACCGCCCCCUGACAACUUUUCUCUGCGACUCGCGCAACGCAAGCGUCUUUGCCCUGGACUACCGCAAGUCCCCAACGUUUAUCUUCCCCUCAGGUCUCGAGGAUGUACUUGCCGCAUAUUUGGCCAUGUUCCCUCCCCCUGCACUCCUCUCCACCGACAGUACUUUGCAGGAUUCGUGCUCGGUAGAGUUUGUCUCGGCCAGUGAUAGCGGAAACGCCAUUCUGGACCAGACUUGCCGCGGAGUCCACAAGCACCACAACAAGCCCUUCUACAUGGUCGGAGACUCGUCAGGCGGCGGCUUGAUCUUGCAGGCGCUAGCCGUUAUCAAGGCGCUGGAUUGGAAAAUGCCCGACCGCGUUGUACUUCUCUCCCCCUUUGUGGAUACAGGACUGGAAUCAAAGAGCUGGUACCGCAAUCAGCUGUCAGAUUACAUGACACUUGACUCUGCGGGCAUCGACUGGGCUAUGCGCUGCUAUCGCGGCGAGGUGCCGCUCAGCAACCGCUUCCUCUCACCUCUUCUUGAAAGCUACAAAGGAUAUGGGCUUAAAAUACUCAUUCAAGCUGGUGACUCGGAGGUCUUGACAGACGAUGCCAUGCGGCUCUAUCAGCAAAUCGUCCAGACUUCAGGAGACGAAACCACUUGCCGUUUGGAGCUAUAUCAUGGCAUGUUCCAUGUGUUCCAGUGUCUGGGACAUGUCGCGUCGUCGGCCACCGAGGCUCUAAAGCGGGUCGAGGAGUUCCUCAACGAGAGCGAUGACGACGUUGACACUGACGUUGAAGUUGACCUCGACAACGAAGACGAGCAGACCAUCUAUACCGAACACUCGACAUCGUCUCCAUCGAAAAGCAUGGUGUACCUGACGGUUGAAACGAACGGAUCUGUUGCCGAGUCGACCAUAUCCGUGUCUUGAGAUGCCUCAGUUUUGGAUACGAUACGAUACGAUACGAUA